AGUGGCGGCGAGAGAGUCCUAAACAGCUCUGCAAUCAUGGCGGUCACACAGCUAUGGGGCUGUGAAAUCCACAGUGGUCCGCGCCGCAGCGUCCUGCAUCAGUACGAUCCGUUUCAUGGCUCUUGACGCGCUGCGACGCCGCCUCGCUGACACUUUCUCCCGCUGCACCUAAUGGCAAGGAGGCGCGCGUCGGGCGCGCAAGAGCCGGCGAGCGUGCGCGCCGCAUGCGCGCCGCUGCGGCGCCGCCGCCCGCACUGCCGCUUUACGCAUGAAACCCUCGCGCGCGCCGUCGACCCGCCGCCGCGCCCGUGGGCAACACACAAGCCCUGACGCCGCCGCCGCGACCGCAGGCGAGACCCACACCUACGAGGCGGACCAGGACGGCGACCUCAACCUCCAGCUCACGAUGGUCUCCUUCGCGGACGCCAAGGCCAAGAAGGGCGAGACCUAUGUGGUGUACGCGGCGGCCGACGACGGUGCCGCGCCCCGCGUCCAAACUCCGUGGCGCAAUGGAUAGCGUAUCAGACUUCGAAUCUGGGGGUUGCGGGUUCGAGUCCCGUCGGAGUUGUGGGUUGACGGUACAACGCACAGGCCCGAAGUUCGCGCUCUGCGUCUUGCGACCGGGCGUCACGGACCACGCGCAGAUCGACUUGUUGAUCGGCACGGGCAACGAGACCGUCAAAUUCAGUGUUACCGGAGGCAGCGCGAAGGUGCACAUCACGGGCUACGAGGUCCUCGAGGAGACGUACGACGGGUUCGGCGACGACGACGAUUCGGAUGAUGACGAGGACGACGACGAGUUCGGGGAGGUUCCGGGCGGCGACGACGAUGACGAUUCGGACGACGAUGAUGAUGACGAGGACAUGGGCGGUGGCCAGCCGUCGUUCUUCAACUUCGGCGGCGCGGCCGACGACGACGACAGCGACGACGACUCGAGCGAGGACGAGGCGCCGCCGCCGCCGCCGCCGCCGCCGAAGUCGAGCGAGAAGAAGCGGAAGGGGUCCCAGGACUCGGGCUCGGGCAAGAAGAAGAAGAAGGGCAAGAAGGGCAAGAAGUAGAGCUCCUUCCUUUACGCGCCGGCGCCUCCCACAUCUGUGUGGUGGGUUUGGUACCAAGGUCUAAGGCCGGCGUAGAUUUAUCCGUUUACUAGUCCCCCCGGUAUCCUCGGGCUCCUUGCGCGUCGAUAGCGUCGAUACUACGAUAGAGAUCUCGUAAAACCCGAU